CAAGGCGAAGAGCGCGUGACGCGGCGGCUGCGCGCAACGAAAGAGGAAGUCGAGAGGAGAGGGAGGACGUUGGACAAACUUUACUUCUAGCUGAAUGCUAGAACUGCAAUUCAAUACUAUGAUAAUCCUGUUACAGACAACUGAUGAUUCGUCAUUUGUUGAAUAAAAGGUCUAGCAGCUGGCUUACAAAACACUAUUCCGUAUUUUGCCACCGCUUUCUUAUUUCGACCCGCUCUAGUUCAGACGAAGAGGAAGGCAGCAAUCCAGUGGUUUCGAAAUAGCGUUGCCUAAACCUGGCUCGACCAACGUGGUUCCCUUCACGUUGUUUAGCCGUGAACAACUUUUUGUUGUACUGGAAUAAACAGUAAAUUAUUACUGUACAUAGUAAGCGUGUUUGAAAAAUAACUUGGAGUCCUGUGUUAAAAAAGUUGUCCGUGGUGGUCCACGAGCCACAUUCGAGGCCUAGGUGAAGGCUGCGUGUGUGACCGUCGGCGUGCAUCGGCUUACCAUCAACACCGAUUAAACAUGUCGGCCCAGGCACAAAUGCGAGCGAUGCUUGACCAGCUCAUGGGGACGGGGAGAGACGGAGACUCCAUGCGGCAGAGAAUCAAAUUUUCAGAUGAGAGGGUCUGCAAGAGUCACCUUCUGGAUUCAUGUCCCCACGACAUUCUGUCAGGCACUAGGAUGGACCUGGGCGAGUGUGUGAAGGUCCAUGACCUGGCCCUUCGAGCUGACUUUGAGAUUGCGUCCAAGCAGCAGGAGUACUUCUUUGAGCUGGAUGCCGCCGAGCAUCUCCAGUCCUUCAUCGCCGACUGCGACCGCAGAACCGAGUUGGCCAAGAAGAGGCUGGCCGAGACCCAGGACGAGAUCAGCGCCGAAGUGGCUGCCAAGGCGGAGCGCGUCCACGAGCUGAACGAGGAGAUCGGGAAGCUGCUGGCCCGGGCGGAGCAGCUGGGUGGGGAGGGCAACGUGGACGAGGCCCAGCAGGUCCUGGAGAAGGUGGAGAAGACCCGCGCCCUGAAGAAAGAGGCUGAGGAUGUAUACAGAAACUCCAUGCCGGCCUCCAGCUUCCAGCAGCAGAAGUUGAGGGUGUGCGAGGUGUGCUCCGCCUACUUGGGUCUCCAUGACAACGAUCGCCGCUUGGCCGACCAUUUUGGGGGCAAACUUCACCUGGGUUUCAUUGAGAUUCGCGAAAAGCUUGACAGGCUGAGGAAAGCGGUGGUCGAGAAACAGGAGAGGAUGAGGAUGAGACGGCGGGAGGAGCGAGACCGCGAGGAGGAGAAGGAGCGAGAGGGCGAGCUGGAGCGGGAACGAGAGCGAGAGAGCGAGCGAGAGCGCGAGAGGGAACACCAGCGCGAGAGAGAGCGAGAAUGGGAGCAGGGCCGAAGGAGGUCAAGGUCUCGGAGUGGAGAGCGAUACAGGGACGGAGGCGGGUCGUCCUCACACCGCUCCCGACGCCACCGCUCCUCCCGCUCCAGAGAGGAGGGUGGUGAGAGGGGGGGAGCCGAGAGAGGAGGAGGAGGAGGCGGCGGCGAGCGGGGCGGCGAGCGGGGCGGCGGCGGAAGUGAGCGGGGCGGCGGCGGCGGCAGUGAGCGGGGCGGCGGCAGUGAGCGGGAGAGGAAACACCGACACAAGGAGAGGCACCGCUCUCGCUCGCACUCCCACAGGAGCAAGAGGAAGAGGUCCUCAGUGGACGCAGCGCCCCAGCCCGAGGCGGAGCGCUCCCUGUCCCAGGAGCAGCGCUGGACGGAGGGAGGGGGAGCCAGCGUGAAGCAGGAGCAGCGGCCGGAGUACGGGGAGUGGGAGGAGAAGGGAGAGGACAGGUCGUACUCCCCGGACAUGGUCAGAGAGAAGGAGAAGGAGCGGGAGCGAUCGCUGUCCUACGAGAGGGACCACCGCUCCAGCUCCGAGGAGAGGGAGUCCGGAGAAAUAUGAGCGGCAGGAAAACCUUGGAAGUUGUUUGGAUGUAUUAUUUAGUUAAAUGCAGCAGGUAAUCUUUGGGGCUAUGUCGGUUAGUGAGUGAGUGAGUGGUUGAGUGAGUGUGUGUGUGUGUGUGUGUGUGGGGGGG